AUGGGUGACAGAGAGACAGAGCCGCAAGAUGACAAGGCUGCUAUGAUAUUCUGUAUGGCUGCGAUCAUGCAGCUUGAUGCCGGGAUUGAGGCGGCGAAAGCGGAGACCGACGCCAUCGAGGAAGAGCUGCUGAUCGUCAACAACUUGAUGACAAUAGACUCGGUGACCGAACGAAGCGUAAACAGAGAUAGAUGGUCGUUCUCUCGCCGGACGAGGUGGUUUGAGGAGACUGUGCCAUUGCUUGGUGAGAAGUUUUUCAAGCGUGCAUUCCGCGUGACGCCGGCGACUUUUCGCUACACCGUGGAUGCCGUGAGACCGCUGCUCGAGCGUCAGAACACGAACAUGCGUGAAGCCAUCGCGCUGGAUAAACGUGUCGCGAUUGGCUUGUACCGGUUGUGUUCCUCAGCCGAAGACCGUAGUGUCGCCGAAUUGUUUGCUGUGGGACGUUCAACCGUCAACGUGGCCUACAGAGAGUUUUGUGAGGCCAUUAUCCAAACUAUGGAGGCCGAGUGGAUCAAGAUGCCCACAGCUUCCAGCAUGGCCGAGCACAUUCGCGAGUUCACGGCCACAUUGGAAUUCCCCCAAGCCAUGGGAUCACUAGACGGGUGCCAUUUCCCCGUUUCACCGCCCAAGGAGAGCGCCACCGACUACAGGAACUAUAAAGGAUGGUACAGCAUCAUCCUCCUCGCACUGGUCGACCACAAGUAUAGGUUCCGAUACAUCAAUGUGGGUUCGCCUGGCCGCUGCCACGAUGCAUAUGUAUACCACCGAUCAAGACUAGCAGACGCAGUCCAGGGCCCCCUGUUCCGCCGACCACUAGUAACAAUCAGUGGUACAGCUGUGCCGCCCUUAAUACCAUGUGAUCAAGCGUUUCCGCUCACUGUAAACCUGAUAAAGCCAUUCAGCCACAGGGCACAGUUGAGCGACGAACAAAGGAUGGAAUGCGACAUCGACAAUGCCCGCCUUGCCAUUCGUGCCUGCUGUGUUCUGAACAACGUGUGCGAGCAUUUUGGCGACAUCCAACACUGGUUGGUCGAGGUUCAGAACAAUGGCGGCGGCCUCCAUCAGCCUGACCACAGCACGGACGUUGAGGAAGGGACAGGCUGUGAUGUGAGAGCAGCUCUUGUCAGGCACUUCCAGCAGAGCUGA